CAGAUGCGGUUCCCGCAACGGAACGGACGGGCGCCGUGGCGCACUGCUCAGCGACUCACGCCCCUCCACUCUUCCGCUCGCCCCUUCCGUCUCCCGCGGCUCUCUCUCUCUCUCUCGUCAUUCGAAGCUCUCUUCCGCCUCCCUUUCUCCUCUUCGAUCCUCCUCCUGGGGUUCCUUUCCGGUCCCCAAAUCUACCCAAAUCCGCCGUUUAUUGGGCUCCGGAUCCCCUCCUCCGAUCGAAACCUCGAUUCCUAGGGCUUCUUUAUCCCUAAUCCAAUCGUAUCUAGGGUUGUUGCUCUCCGGAUUUGAACCAUAGGUUUGGUUCCAAGAUGAGCGUGGUGGGCUUCGACAUCGGCAACGACAACUGCGUGAUCGCCGCCGUGAAGCAGCGCGGCAUCGACGUCCUCCUUAACGAUGAAUCCGAGCGGGAGACUCCCGCCGUGGUCUCCUUCGGCGAGAAGCAGCGCUUCCUCGGCAGCACUGGCGCCGCCUCCGCCGCCAUGAACCCUCGCUCCACCGUCUCGCAGGUGAAGCGCCUCGUCGGCCGCGCCUUCGGCCACCCUGACGUCCAGUCCGAUCUCCGCCGCCUCCCCUUCCCUACCUCCCAGGCUUCCGACGGAGGGAUCCUCAUCCACAUCCGGUACCUCAACGAAGACCGGACCUUCACCCCCGUCCAGAUCCUUGGAAUGCUUCUUGCCCACCUGAAGGACGUCGCCGAGAAGAGCCUCGAGACCUCGGUCUCGGACUGUGUGAUCGGGAUUCCGUCCUACUUCACUGACCUCCAGCGGCGUGCGUAUCUUGAUGCGGCCGCCAUCGCCGGGCUGAAGCCCCUGCGGCUGAUGCAUGACUCCGCCGCCACUGCUUUGGGCUACGGCAUCUACAAGACUGAUCUUGCCCCGCCUGGGUCUGCCACUUAUGUUGCUUUUGUUGAUAUUGGCCAUUGCGACACCCAGGUCUCGGUAGCUGCCUUCGAGUCUGGACAAAUGAGGGUUCUCUCACACGCAUUUGAUGCGAACUUGGGUGGUAGAGAUUUUGAUGAGGUUUUGUUCAACUACUUCUCUGAGCACUUCAAGGAACAGUAUAAGAUUGACGUGGGUUCCAAUCUGCGGGCGAGCAUGAGGUUGAGGAUGGCCUGUGAGAAGCUGAAGAAGGUUCUUAGUGCAAAUGCUGAAGCGCCUUUGAGUAUAGAGUGCUUGAUGGAUGAGAAAGAUGUGAAGGGUUUUAUAAAGCGAGAAGAAUUUGAGAAGCUUGCUGCGAAUUUGCUGGAGAGGAUCUUGGAACCAUGCAAGAAAGCUUUGAUGGAUGCGGGACUGAAUGUGGAUAUGAUGCACUCUGUAGAACUUGUGGGUUCAGGGUCACGGAUACCGGUUAUAAUGAGGAUAUUGGCUGGGUUUUUCAGGAGGGAACCAAGCCGGACCCUCAAUGCGAGUGAAUGCAUUGCACGUGGUUGUGCUCUUCAGUGUGCCAUGCUGAGCCCUGUAUUCAGGGUUAGGGAAUAUGAGGUACAAGACUCAUUUCCCUUUUCGAUAGGAUUUGCUUCAGAUGAAGGUCCUGUUUCCACAUUGUCAAGUAACAUACUUUUCCGGAAAGGCCAACCAUUCCCAAGUGUUAAAAUGCUUACUUUCCACCGGACUAACACCUUCACUUUGGAAGCCUUUUAUGCUAACCAAAGUGAACUGCCACCUGGUGCUUCUCCAAAAAUUAGCUGCUUCCAGGUUGGGCCAUUUCAAGCUUCUCGGAGUGAAAAACCCAAAGUUAAAGUUAGAGUUCGGCUAAAUCUUCAUGGCAUAGUUUCUGUAGAAUCAGCUUCGUUGAUUGAAGAUGACAUAGAUGAUCCAGUUUCAAGAGAUACUAGGCGCAUAGACACAGUGGAGCCUGAGAUUGCUUCUGGUGGCCCACAUGAUACGGCAGCAAAUACUGUUGAAAAUGGAACAUCUGCAGAGACUGAACCUGGAUCCAGGCCUUCUCAGGCUGACAGAAUAAAAAGAGAAGGAACCCGUAGAAGGAACGAGUUGGCAGUUGCUGAGACUAUAUAUGGUGGAAUGACUAAAGAAGAACUAUUAGAAGCUCAAGAGCAAGAACAGGCACUGGCCUACCAGGACAAAGUUAUGGAGCAAACAAAAGAUAGAAAGAAUUCACUGGAAGCUUAUGUCUACGAGAUUCGUGAUAAGCUUUUCGACAAGUAUCGCUGCUUUGCAACUGAUUCAGAAAGGGAAGGAAUCUCGGUUAGAUUACAACAAACUGAAGAAUGGCUAUAUGAGGAUGGGGAUGAUGAGACGGAAAAAGUUUACACAAGCAAACUUGAAGAACUAAAGAAGUUGGUAGAUCCUGUUGAAAACCGAUUCAAAGAUGAAGAAGCUAGAGCUCAAGCUACAAGGGAGCUUUUAAACUGCAUAGUUGAGCACAGAAUGGCUGUAAAAUCAUUGGUGACCUAUGAACGAGAUGCUGUCAUAAAUGAAUGCACGAAAGCUGAACAGUGGCUACAUGAGAUGUCUCAGCAACAGGACUCGUUGCCGAAGAAUGCAGACCCAGUAUUAUGGUCCCAUGAAAUCAGAAAAAGGACAGAAGAAUUGGACAUAUUCUUUAGAAAUAUAAUGAGGCACAAGGGUUCUCCAUCAAGAAUGGAAGAUACCAGGGGCUCGGAUCACUCUAGUACUCCAGACAACAUGCAUACUGAUUGACUUGGUUCAUUUUACCGUAAGGUGUACUCUAAUUUUUUGUCAUGAUUGGUUAUGUGGUCAUAUUAACAUGAUAUUUUUCAGAGUAUACGGUUCCAAAUCUUUACAAAUAUCCUGGGGCCAAGUUCCACGAGUGGUUUCAGGGCCCGCUCGUUUCCUAGUAAAGGCAUUUUUCUUCUUCAUUCAUUACCAAAUACCUAACACUAUUCUCUGUAUCUUUUGUGUGUCCUGUAUAAUUACCACAUGGUUGGUCUAUUUUGUUUUAGUUUUUACCCUAUUCCAUAUGCAGAUAAAAAUAAGAACUAAUAGAUCUCUUGUUGAAGAUAGCUGGUUUAAUGUAUGGGGUGUGUUCAUCAUUUGGAUUUGCUAGUUGGUCGACAUAGAGCUGGACAGCUUGUGCA